AUGGCUAAGAAGUUCGAGAUGAGCAUGAUGUGUGAACUAACUUUCUUUUUGGGAUUGAAUGUUAAAAAAAUAAUUGGUGGAGUUUUUGUUUGUCAAGCUAAAUAUAUUGCAGAUAUGCUGAAGAAGUAUGGUUUCUAUGAUUGUAAGCCGACAAAGACUUUGAUGUCCUCAUCAACGUCUAUUGGCGUUGAUCCAAAUGGCGCUGAUGUGAAUACAACUCUAUUUCGAGGAAUGAUAGGCUCUAUGCUAUAUCAUACUGUCAGUCGCCCUGACAUUAUGUUUGCUACUAUAUUGUGUGCUCAUUAUCAAGCAGAUCCUAAGAAAGCUCAUCUUUUCGCUGUGAAAAGGAUCUUUCGUUACUUAAAGUAUACACCUAAUCUUAGGUUAUGGUAUCCUCAUGAUUCUGAGUUCAAGUUAAUGGGAUACACUGACUCCGAUCAUGGUGGAUGUGGAAUUGAUCGCAAAAUCACUUCAGGAGGAGCUCAAAUGCUUGGAGAUAUAUUCGUAAGCUGGUCCAGCAAAAAUCAGACAUCAGUGGAUUGUUCUACUGCUGAAGCUGGAUAUGUAGCCGUUGGAAGGGAAGAUAUCAUGGAAAAUGGAAGUACAUUUAUGUCCAUUCAAUUCAAAAGAUUUGAUGGAUCAAGUCUUUAUCAUGCUUCUGAAAAAGAUGCAAAAAUGUCUACUCCAAACGAUGCUUUUGGUUCCUCCUCUAACAACAACAAUAACAAAUUUUUGUUGCUUAACAUCUGCUUGAGGGUGACAUUAGAUGGCACCAAUUACAACGAUUGGAUGCGCAACAUAAAGAUGGCUCUUCGCUUUGAAGACAAGGAAUACGUCCUAGAAAAGGAACUCCUUGAAAUAGAUGAAACAAAAUCUACUUUUGAAGAACGAGCUGAGUAUAAGAAGCACUACAAUGAUGCAACAAAAGUUGCUUGCACCAUGGUGGUAAUUAUGACUCCUGAGCUACAAUGGUUCUAUGAGGAUUACUGA